AUGUCCCUUCGCGACCGUCAGGUUGCUUCCAUCCAGAAAAUCCUCAAUCUGAACCAUGACCCUCAGCCCUCCGGAGACGGUACCCAUGAGGCCUCCGCGCAGGGCCUGAUCUCCUCCCCAAUUUUGAACGAGGAUGGCGAUCCUAUCUGGAAGGUGUUGGUGUUUGAUAACAUGGGUCGCGACGUCAUCAGCAGUGUACUGCGUGUCAACGAUCUCCGAGCGUGGGGCAUCACCAUCCACCUAAACCUCAACUCUACCCGCUACCCUAUCCCCGAUGUUCCUGUCGUCUAUCUCGUUGAACCGACCCCCGCCAAUAUCCAAGUGAUCACAAACGACUUGUCUCGUGGCUUAUACUCGCCCGCCUACGUGAACUUCUUAUCUUCCGUCCCCCGACCCCUCCUCGAAGACUUCGCCUCCCAGGUCGCGACCACAGGAACGGCGGAACAUAUUGCGCAAGUCUAUGAUCAAUAUCUGAACUUCAUUGUCGCCGAGCCCGACCUCUUUAGUCUCGGUCUCGGAAAUGAUGCCUACUGGAAAAUCAACAGUGCGCAAACCAGCGACGAGGAACUGGAUGCGAUCGUCGACAAGAUUGUUAGCGGAUUGUUUAGCGUCAGCGUCACGAUGGGUACCAUGCCCAUCAUCCGCUGUCCCAAAGGCGGUGCCGCGGAGCUCAUCGCGACGAAACUGGACCGCAAGCUACGAGACCACAUUCUAAACUCCAAAGACAACCUUUUCUCGAACAAAAAAUCCGCUCCCGGAGUCCCCUCAUCCCGACCCGUCCUCAUCAUCGUCGACCGCAACGUGGAUCUUGUCCCCAUGCUCUCUCAUUCGUGGACAUAUCAGUCUCUUGUGCAAGACGUGCUUCAGAUGCGUCUGAACAGGAUCACAUUGGAGGCCGCGGUGGACGAGUCUAACCCUACCAAGGGUGUCGCCAAGAAGGCAUAUGAUAUCAACAGCAACGAUUUCUUCUGGAAGCGCAACGCAGGGGCUCCCUUCCCCCAGGUCGCCGAAGACAUCGAUGCCGAGUUAACGCGGUACAAAGAAGACGCCAAUGAGAUAACCCGAAAGACUGGCGCCUCCUCCAUCGAGGACCUACAGAACGACACGAGCGCCUCGGCUCAGCAUCUCAAGGCCGCCAUCACGCUUCUCCCCGAACUCCGCGAGCGCAAAGCCACCCUGGACAUGCACAUGAACAUCGCAACCGCGCUCCUCAAAGGCAUUAAAGACCGCCAGCUCGAUAACUUCUUCGAACUGGAGGAAAACAUCACCAAGCAAUCUAAAACGCAAAUCAUGGACCUGAUCAACGAUGCGUCCAAGGGCAGCGAGCCAACAGACAAGCUCCGGCUCUUCUUGAUCUGGUUCCUCAGCACAGAAACCGAGCUGUCUCGCGCGGAUAUGACCCAGUUCGAGGAAGCCCUCACCCGCGCUGGCGUCAAGGACGUCAGCUCGCUAGCCUACGUGCGACAGGUCCGAGAGAUCACUCGGAUGACCAUGAUGACGACGGCAACUCCCCAGCAACAAUCCUCCGAUCUCUUCAAGGGCUUCUCUUCCCUCUCCAACCGACUCACCGACCGCAUCACCUCCGGUGCGCUGGGCGCCAAUUUCGACUCGCUCAUCUCCGGGGUCAAAAAUUUUCUUCCAGCCAACAAGGACCUCACCUUAACGAAGAUCACCGAGUCGAUCAUGGACCCUGCCUCUGCAUCGAGUUCCGCCAUCGCCAAAACCGAAAAUUAUCUCUACUUCGAUCCGCGCAGCGCCAACGCCCGCGGCGCCAUGCCCCCGGCCUCUGCAUCUCGAAACGCGCAGUCCCCCGUUGGCAUGAGCGCGCCCGGUCCCGGAACGGGGGCCAGCUUCGGCCAGCGCCGUCAAGCCUUCAACGAAGCCAUUGUCUUUACCGUCGGUGGUGGCAGCAUGGACGAAUACGGCAACUUGCAGGACUGGGUACGUCAGACAGGCGGGCAGGCGGGCAGCGACGGUGCAGCCGGGGGCCGUGGAUCUGGUGUCCACGGGGCGCCGAGACGGAGGGUGGUCUACGGCAGCACAGACUUGAUGAAUGCGAAUGAGUUUAUCACGGAAUCGUUGGCGAAGCUAGGCCGGGAAGGCUGA